AUAUGGUUUCCAUUCAGUUAGAAUGUCGUGUCGCAGAGACGGUCGUCCGCGUUAUCGUGAUUUCCAAUUCGAAUCAGUGAGGUACAUGUGAGAUUUGUACUCGGCUUUGUUCGCCGAGGUUUCAGAAAAUCUCGUGCGCGGGUGUUUGAAUGGAAAGCGAAAUUUCCGAUUCGUAUCGUUCACACCCCGGAUACGGAUUCCAAUGGUAACGUAGCCAUUUUGAAGCUGUCAAAACGAUUCUCUGUGUUUGAUCGUGGUCCGCGGUGCAGUGGCCGUUUCCUCGAGCCCGUCGCUUUGCUCGCGAUAAUCGUCAAGCAUUUUUGUAUGUCGCGUGCGACCCGCGCCCCGAGAAGUGCACACGCUCGUGGAGAUGAUUUAAUACGGAUCGAAUGCGCGCGACGGUGAUUUAUCACCCUGUCGUGAGGAAGAUGUCAAAGAAGGCUGCUGCGGAUCUUCCCAACGUCCUACCGAGUGUUUAGUAGCAGCGUCGUCGACGAAGACGUUCGAUCUUCACCGAGAUAUUGCUUGAACGGGGAACAGAAUACGAGUUCAGUGGAAAAUAGAGAAAAUGGCGACCGACAUUGAGGAAUCUGACACCGACGAUCACGAAAGGCCCGCUCCUCCUAAACGGCAAUGUACGCGACUCCUUAACAAGACCAACGAGACCAUUUGGGAUACGGAAAAGAGUCUGAACAAGCAGGAAGAGAAGACGGAAGAAACGGAGGACGUCGAAUACGAUGAUGCUGAGAAACAGGCGAGGGAGAAGUUGAAGAGAUGGCAAGCUUGCCAGGUGGCCAAAGGAUACGUGGACAACACCAUCAAUAUAGUACUGGAGAAUUACAUGUAUUCUCUCGAGGAAUCCAGAUUCCAGUUGUUCGGAGGGAAUGACAUGGAGGACACCGCAGUGAUGAUGGCGAUUCUUAAUCACGGCUUGUCUGCAGGGAUCGUCUCUCAGUCCACUGCUUGUUACAGCGCUCCAGGAUACGGGACCAACAAAAACGUUCGCUGCUCCUGUCCCUCCAACAGCGUCCAAGGAAGUUUUGAGAACGUAGCCACCACGUCCAGUGGUUCCUUGAGACUGAACGACUCGAAAACCACGGAGGAACGAACCAGACUUGACUGGGAUUUGGACAAGAUUGAUGAAAAUGAUCAGCAGGAGAAUAUUUUGGAGAGGGCCGUGGCGGAAGCUAUCAAGAAGAAGGGUCUCAGUGCUCUGAGCGUCGAUUACGGUUGAACAAGCUGAUCCUUACGUCUUAAAUCUAUACAAUAGCAUCGGAUAUCAUUUUUUAUGUACAGUGCAAAUCUGUCUCGAUUUGUACACGAACGAUCGCUUGUGAUUCCGAUCGAUCGGAAGAAUUUUGCGAACAACGUAUACUCUGUCUAAGCAACACGUUCUGACGAUCAAGCAUUUCUUCAUCCACCGUGGAUAAAUAUACAUAAUGUCUAGUUACGCAGAGAUGUACAGUACGUAUAUGCUAGUUUGAAACAUUUUCGGUGAGAUAGAUCUCAUUAAUACGUAGAGUUGGAAACGGGAUGUAGUACAAAGUUUCGUUCGCGUAAAAUCAAAAGUUCCAUCGUUCUACUAAAAAGAAAAUUGCAAUACGCUUUAAGUAUAUAUAUAAAUAUAUUAUACAAUGACUCGGUGACAUCGAUGGAUCGUUAUUCGUUCUUCAAAUUGACGAGGGUCCUAAUCCAUUCCAUACAGUAUUGCUUCAAUUCAUUCCUGAGCAGACGAAUCUUUAUCUUUUUGUAAAUUGUAAUUAACAAGUAAGUGAUAUACAUAAAUCGUGUUUGUCUUCUAAAUCUAGUAUUUACAGGUUUUAAGGAUGUUUUAACGAGGAGGGUUGAAUCUAUUGUACGUAAGAGUAUUAACGAGAAAUGCUUUUCUUUCCAAGACUUUUCCUUUUUGUAUACAAAGGCCUUUACACAGAGACAUACAUAUACAGGUACACACACGCACGAUAUUAUAUAUUUCAAUCGCCUGUAAAUAGAUUGUUACGUGAAUCAAAUUUUCAUUAACGUUUCAAGCGUGCCGUGUAACGGAGCGUAACAAAAUUCGUAUUUCUAGCAAUUAUGAAAUAAAGAAGAUAUAAACGAUCA